UCUCUCUCUCUCUCUCUGCCUCUUCCCCAUGUCAUCUUCAUUUCCUCCUUACAUGAGCUUGCUUUAAAAGCAAUAUUAGUGAUAGCUGACAGCAGGCGAGCGAACACAAGAGGUGACAUAUAUCUGUACUUGGUGCAGACAGAGGACUUUUUCUCUCAGAGGGAGCUUCAAAGGAGUGAGUGAAAACUACCCUGUGUUGCUGGAUGGUUGACUGAGCUGAGGAGGAACAUCCAGUGCACAUUUAAAUCCAAGUAUUCCCUUCCUUGCCCCAUUGGGCCCGUUGACCUUUAGCCCCAGCGUUCCAGGUGGAGUGUGAUGGCAGAGGGCAACGUGGGUGUCUGCCCCCAGGUGUUUGUGGUGGAUAGUCACUCCAACUUCACCUCCGUGCCCGCCAAGAAGAAACCGUGGUGGGCGAGAGGCCAAAAGUUUCUUCUCCUACUGGUGGGGCUGACUGUGUUGGGACUUGUCGUACAGGGAUUUUUCAUCUAUAACUUAUAUAAAAAAACUGAGACCUUUUCCAUGCACCAGAACAUGUCCAAUCCUAAAACACCUGGCCAGCAGAUUGGCACCAUUCUGAGUCAAGUGGGAUCUAAAGAGUCCAAUGAGAUUCCCAUUCAGCAACCAUAUUCAAAAUUCAACAGAAGCCCCUUUGCUCACCUGAUAGGCUCCAAUAGUCCUAUAGGGGAGGACAAAGUGGUGCAGUGGUUACAUACAGCUGGUGAAUCCAUCACCAGCAACAUGAGCUACGACAAAGGCAGAUUGUUAGUUGAGAUAGAGGGUUACUACUACCUCUACUCCAAAGUGCAAGUGAAUGCUGCACAAGAGUGUUUGCUUAUCCAGCACAAGGUCAUGCACAAAAUGAAUGCUUAUGGCCACCCUAUAGAACUUAUGAAGUCAAAAAGAUUCCGCUGCUGGCCCCCAAACACUCCAAGUCCAAAGACUUCAGACUCUGAAGAUGUGUGGAACAGCUUCCUGGCUGGGAUUUUCCACUUGCAUGCAGGAGAUUACAUUUAUGUCACAUUGGAGAAUGUAGAGAAGACACAUUCAGGACCUGCAUACAACUUCAUGGGGGCCUUCAUGAUAUCUACUUAGAAACAAAUAGGAAUACACCUGUUCCAUGUUGUGAUCAGAUUCUAUGUCUGUGUGUGUUAAUUUACACCAUAUGUUGUGGUAAUUUUAAUAUAUCUAAUAUAUAUAUGUAGAGAUAUCAUAAAAAGUAUCUGAUAUUCAGAUUAUAUAAUCCAGCUUGAUUUGUUACAUAUUUUGUUGUGUGAAUAAAUUACUGUUUCUUAUCAAACACAAA